CAUGCGCAGCAGGCCUCACGAGCUCCGCCUUCAAGUCGCUCGGCAUGGGUGACUCGCCGUCCCUGUCGCUGCCGUCGCUGCCGUCGGUGCUGUCGGUGCUGUGGUUCCUGUCCCGCCCGUGGCUCCAGCUAGGAAAUGCACAGGCUGCUGACAUGGUCCAGCUGCCUGGUGGGCGGUUCCUGAUGGGGACAGAUGCUCCAGAUGCCAGAGAUGGUGAAGGGCCUGUCCGGGAGGUAACAGUAAAACCCUUUGCCAUCGACGUAUUUCCUGUCACCAAUAAAGACUUCAGGCCGGAACCCAAGAUGGCGGCGCUCUUGUUGGGACAUGCCGGCCAUCACUGCCUCCGUGCCCACCUUAGUCCUCACUUCUGCAUCCGAAAUGCUGUGCCUUUGGGAACCACAGCCAAAGAAGAGAUGGAGCGGUUUGGGAAUAAGAACCCAGGUUCAAACCGUCCUGCAUCUCCCCACGUCACUGUCUGCAGUUGGUUGCUCUCUUCCUGUGGUGAUGCCCGUUUGCCAUCGUGGCUCUGGGAGUUUGUCAGGGAGAAAAAGUACCGGACCGAGGCCGAGCUGUUUGGGUGGAGCUUCGUCUUUGAGGAGUUGGUCCCCAGUGAGCUAAGAAACACAGCGGCCCAGCAGAUGAAGCCCGUCCUCUGGUGGCUUCCCGUGGAGCGGGCGUUCUGGAGGCAGCCCGCAGGUCCCGGCUCCAGCAUCCGGGACCGGCUGGAGCUGCCCGUGCUGCACGUGAGCUGGAACGACGCGCAGGCCUACUGUGUGUGGCGCGGCCGCAGGCUGCCCACCGAGGAGGAGUGGGAGUUCGCCGCCCGGGGCGGCUUGGAGGGUCAGGUUUACCCGUGGGGAAACAGCUUCCAGCCCAACCGCACCAACCUGUGGCAGGGGAAGUUCCCCAAGGGCGACAGAGCUGAGGACGGCUUUCACGGAGUGUCCCCGGUGAACGCCUUUCCCCCGCAGAACGACUACGGUAAGGCUUCCUGCAGGUCGCUGUUGGUGCUGCUCGAGGGUUGCUUGGUGGGAUGGACCCCUAUGCCUGAUGGGGGAGGCAGAGGAAAGCACCCCCGGCCCCCCAUUUUCCCAACAGGGCUCUAUGACCUUGUGGGCAACGUGUGGGAGUGGACUGCAUCGCCCUACCAGCCCGCUAAGCAGGACAUGCGUGUCCUCCGGGGCGCAUCCUGGAUCGACACGGCUGAUGGCUCUGCCAAUCACCGGGCCCGGGUCACCACCAGGAUGGGAAACACUCCUGAUUCAGCCUCGGACAACCUGGGCUUCCGCUGUGCAGCCAGUGCGGGCCGGGCCCCCGGAGAGCUGUGAGCUGGCGCCCUGUCACUCCGUGGGUAUCCCCAGCGCACCCACAUUCUUCAUCCCCUGGCCACUCCCACCAGACAGGAGGGCCUCCCCUGGGGCGGGUGCUGCGUGCAGAGCAGGCCGCGGUCCGCCUCCUGAGCGUGGGGGCUACGCGUGCGCAGCUCCACACCCAGCUUCCUGGCAAAUUCUUGUAGGGAGAAAGAAGGUGCGUCCCUCAUUUGCCCCUGUGCGGGGUCCCCUGCACGGUCAGGAACCGGUUUCAGCCUUCAGGGGUCUGGAAGGACCAAGUCACGCACCCAGUAAACAGUACUCCUGAAAGAAA